AUGAGCCCCAAGAAGAGUGAAACCGGUCGUGGGCUGUCGGAGAGUUUUCAGCAACCUUUGACUAGCUGCCAUGCCACCCAAAGGAAGCACGAGGGCUGGGCUCUUGCCAGGUUGCCCAAGCCUAGGCAGGGGAAGUUGAGACGCAGAGGUCGGAUUGACUUCGCUGAGGAGAAGAAAUCUUCACCAGACUCCCCAAAUCUCCUCACACUACCUGCAUGCUGGUUGGAGUUGGCUAGCAAGGACAAUGCCGUUUCCUUAAGAUUAGGUGCUACACCUGAGAUACUGGUACAGAGGUUGGUGGCAGAGAAAACUACUCACAAGGUUGCUAAAAACUGCUCGACAGCCCACGACCGGUUUCGCCCUUCCACUUCGGGCUCAUCAAGUAGGCGCAGUCCCCGAGUUUCCGUCAACCUUAUGUUCUACUUGAACCCAAAUAGGACUGUUUUCGAGAAAUACACUCAUUUGCAAAUCAGUGAGUUUUCAGCAACCUUGUCGUUGGUUGUUGAUCAGGUGGCUGUUGGCUUGUUCGCCGAGCUUGGCAGUUGGCUUGCAAACUUCUCUUCACCGUACGAGGAGACAUCGUCAGUGCGCAGUUGGGUUGCGGAAAAUUCGUCGACAGUCCACGACUGGUUUCGCCCUUCUUGGGGCUCAUCAGGUAGGCAUAGUCCCCGAGUCUCCGUCAACUUUAUGCUCUACUUGAAACCAAAUUGCACGAAAUCAGCGAACUCCACUCACUUACAAACUAAUUUGGCCUUGCGACUCACUUGGAACCCAGAUGAAUCCCUCCUUCGCAACCGAAUGUGCUGCACCAGGUCGCCUCAUAUUUCGGUCGCUACGAUAUUCGGUAUAUCGCGAUACAUGUAUAUUCGUAAUGCACUACUCAUAAGGUUGCCGAAAAUUUGUCGACAGCCCACGACUGGUUUCGUCCUUCUUGAGGCUCAUCAGGUAGACGCAGUCUCCGAGUUUUCGUCAACUCUAUGUCAAGUAGGACAUAAAGUUCCAGUAAAAGAAAUAAUCGGUCACACUCAGAUAGCAGCCUCGAGGAAAGACCCACCUGGAACCCAGUUGAAUCCCUCCUUUGUGAUGUUUUUAAGCAACUCAGUGUGCCGCACCAGGCCACUUCAUGUUUCAGUUGGCACGAUAUUCCAGGUAUCGCGGAAGAACAAACAAGCCUUCGAGAAACCUAGUCAUCUGCAAAUCAAAUUGAUUUUCACGAGAGGCUCAACUGAAUCUCUCGAUCAUGAUAAUCUACAAUUGAAUGUGCUGCGCAGAGGUCACCUCAUGUUUGAGGUGGUACGAUUUUCGAGAUAUCACGGUAUAUUUUUAUAA